CCGCUGAGCUCAUCGGUCGGCGCCGGAGCUAAGGCGUGCGGCCGGAGCCGGCUCCUCGGGCCUAACGCCGCCGCCUCAGCGCCCCGGGAGCCCCGCGGAUGUGGGCUGAGGUGUUGCUUCUGCCCCGCAGGGCCGGCCUGCGGCUGCUCCCGCCGCUGCGGCUGCGGCACCGAGCGCCGGGCGCCAUGAAGCUGCAGUCCCCCCAGUUCCAGGCCCUCUUCACGCCGGGGCUCCGCAGCGUGGCCGAGUUGUUUGAGAAGAAGAACUACGAGCUGAGAAUAGCCGGAGGUGCUGUGAGGGAUUUGCUGAGUGGAAUGACACCCCAAGAUAUCGAUUUUGCCACUACAGCUACACCGGCAGAGAUGAAGGAAAUGUUCACGUCUGCUGGCGUUCGUCUGAUCAAUAACAAAGGAGAAAAACAUGGAACCAUUACUGCCAGGCUCCAUGAACAGAAUUUUGAAAUUACUACUCUUCGAAUAGAUGUUGUCACCGAUGGACGACAUGCAGAGGUAGAAUUCACCACUGACUGGGAAAAGGAUGCUGAAAGGAGGGAUCUGACUAUCAAUUCCAUGUUUUUAGGUUUGGAUGGGAUGCUGUAUGAUUUUUUUAAUGGAUAUGAAGACUUGAAAAACAAGAAAAUUAGAUUUGUAGGAAAGGCAAGUGAGAGAAUACAAGAAGAUUAUUUACGAAUCCUAAGAUAUUUCAGGUUUUAUGGAAGAAUCGCAGAAAAACCUGGUGAUCAUGAACCUACGACACUGCAAGCAAUUAAAGAAAAUGCCAAAGGUUUGGCUGGAAUAUCAGGAGAAAGGAUUUGGGUGGAACUGAAAAAAAUUCUUGUUGGAAACCACGUAAAUCAUUUGGUUCGACUUAUGUAUGAGCUGGAUAUUGCCCAAUACAUAGGAUUACCACUUGAUGGAAACUUAGAGGAAUUUGACAGAGUCACUAAAAAUAUUCAACAUCUGUGUCCGAAACCGAUGACUGUUCUGACGUCGCUGUUCAAGGUGAAGGAUGAUGUCACAAACCUUGAUCUGAGGCUAAAAAUCUCCAAAGAGGAAAAAAACCUUGGCCUUUUUUUACUGAAGCACCGGCAAGAGUUAACCAAAGCUGUGGGUCCAGAACCACUUAGGCCAUAUCAGGACUUCCUAAUGGAUUCUAGGGAAGCUAAUACAAACUCCAAGAUCUACGAGCUUCUAAAAUACCAAGGGGAAGAGCAUCUUUUAAAAGAAAUGCAGGAAUGGACUGUUCCUUCUUUUCCUGUGAGCGGCCAUGAUUUAAGGAAAAUGGGUGUAUCGUCUGGCAAGGAAAUCGGAGCGGCGUUACAGCAGCUGCGGGAGGAGUGGAAGAAGAGUGGGUACCACAUGGACAAAGAAGAACUGUUAAGUUGCCUGAAAAAGUUGUAAAAUUAAAUAAUACUAAAGAACUGUUCCUGCCCUAUUCUGAGUGUAACCGAGAUACCAGUAAAUACUGUGCCGCUGUACUCACAGCCAGUAGAGUGUUUGUCAUGUUUAAGAUCCUCAGACAGCAGGGUUUUCCUGCUACUAAUUGCUAAUUUCUGCAAGGAGAGGUUUAAUUAUGUAGUAAUGUAAAACAUCACUUGCUAAAUUCCAUGUUUUCUACCUCUUUUUGUUGUAUAUUAAUGAUAAAUACUUACUACUUUAUCUUGACUCCUGGGUGUUGUUAGAGGAUUUUUCUCAUUCUGACUUUGCUAUGUCUGGGGAAAAAAAAAACCAAACCCAAACAAAAACCAUGUUUCUAUCCUCUAGAUAAAAGUCAUGGGUUUUUUGUGCCAAGGAGAAAUGAGCUUUAUCUCUUUUUGUAGUUGAAGCUGGAUACCACAUCGAAAUAACCACUCCUGCAGUUCCCAAAUUCUCUUACCAUGUAAAACAAGUCUGUUUUCUAUAAAGCUUUCUGUAAAGCUUUUAUUUUCCAUAAUUCCAGAAUCAAUUUUAGAUUAAAAGGGUGAUGAACGAUCAUGUUUAAGUUCAAGUAUCAUGAACUUCUUGUCUCUUCCAUGGUUUUUCAAUAACUUAUCACCUAGUGACUAAAUCCCUAGAGAAGGGAAGGGCUCUGUGGUAUGUUUUCAGUUCUUACCUCUCCGGGUAACUCUGCAGGGUUAUUUUGGGAAGAAGCUGGGAAGAAUUCUACCAUCCCUUCUGCUGCCACUCCAGGAUCCUCCCUGGCUUCUUUCUGUGUUAUUUAUCCUUCUGUCUCUUCACACUAAAAAUGAACUCUGAAUUCAAAAGGAAAACCUGAAGAAUUUGGCUCUUCAAAAUGAAUAAAGAAAUACAUAAGCAACGUUUUGGAAAAUACAAGUAAAGAGAUUUCACUGUUGGUCAAAGCUGGGGGAGAAGGAAACCUUGAGGAGGUGUUUGCAUGUGGUAUCUGGUAAUUCAGAGUGGGUGCAAGGGCUGGUCUUAAUGGGGGUGUUUUGGUGUGCUUUUAAAAACAAAAAAUAGCUCCAACUGUGAGCAUCUCUUGUGUCUAUAAAUUUUAUUACAGGUUUAAGUUUUCCUACAAAGCCAUGGUAACUAAUAAAAUUGUUUAUUUUCCUUA